AGGAGGGGAAUCAUUAGGUGCCUGGUACCCAGAAACCUUGGUGACAGGAAUCAAUGGAAUUCAUGAAAAAACAAUAACAAGAGAGAGAGAUAGGGGUUCCUUACCGAGUACAAGUGGGUCACAAGUCUAAGAAGGCUUGAGCAGGGCUUGAACAGGGGUUGUCGGCUCCGUCCCCGGAUGUACCUUUUGGUUCCUGUUCUUGCUUUCCCGGCCAAAGCCAUGGCCCUCUGCUCGGUUCUUUGCAGAACCUCCGGCCUCCAGGAAUUUGGGCAGAGUGGUACCGACAUCACCAGCAGAGACUGCAGUCCCUGACGCUCCCCGCCUCGGCAAUCUUGUGACUCAGAGCAGACCCUGCUCCCCUUUAAAAAGGAAGCCGCACUGGACCCAGAGAGCAUGGUGACUGGAUCGCAGCAGUAGGUGGCCUUCCCUGGGGGACAGUCAGCAGCCUCAGCUUCCAUGCUGCCUUUCACCUUCCUCCUCUUCCUUCUUCACUCUGGCUGCCUCCAUGGAGGAAAUAAUGACCUCCGAAAGGACUUGAAGGGAUUAAAGACUGAAUUUGCUGUCCGCCUCUACCAGAGCUUGAUGGGAAGUAGAAAUGGGACAAACUUGGUCAUCUCGCCAGCCAGUGUGUCUGUCCCUCUGGAGUUACUACAGUUUGGAGCUCGAGGAAACACCUGUUUGCAACUUGAAAGGGCCCUGGGGUAUACAGUUCAUGACAGAAGGGUGCAUGAUUUCCUGCAAAAUGCUCAGGCACCAGCUACUACUUCUGGCUCAGGGACCACAAUUCAACUGACAUGUGCCUUUUUUGUACAAAAUGGAACACACCUGUCCUCUCAUUUCACUGAGCACAUCUCGCUGUGGGCCAACAGCAGCCUGGAGACAACCAACUUCAGUGAACCUAACAGGACCACAGCUCAGAUCAAUAGAUGGGUCUCUAGGUUUGCUGCAGAUGAGAAACCAGAAAAUGUCUCCUUGGAAAGGAUCCACUCGACCCUUGCUCAGAUUGUGCUGGUGAGCACCAUGUCCUUCCAAGGCAUCUGGCAAAAGAGAUUCUCCUUCACAAACACCCAGCUGUUGUCUUUUACCAGCACAGAAGGCCUUAUUCUCAGAGUACCCAUGAUGUACCAAACUGCUGACGUCAAUUAUGGUCAGUUCCAGGUCACAAAUAAGCAACAUGUUGGGGUUCUUGAGCUGCCCUAUCGAGGAAGCUCAGUGAGUCUGUUCCUGGUACUCCCUCGGUAUAGAGGAGUUCCCCUGGCCCUUCUCGAGCCAUACCUUACAGCUAGAGCCAUUCACAUCUGGACGCGUAGCCUGAAGAGAACAAAGAUGGAUGUUUUCCUACCCAGGUUCAGGAUCCAAAACCACUUCAACCUGAAAGAUGUUUUCAGUUCUUUGGGAAUCACAGACCUGUUUGAUCCAUUCAAAGCUAACUUGAAAGGAAUUUCAGGCCAAGAUGACCUUUAUGUUUCUGAGGCAAUUCACAAUGCCAGGAUUGAAGUUUUAGAAGAUGGCACCAAGGCAUCUGGGACAACAGCUCUAGUGCUACUGAGAAGAUCUAGGACUCCAUUUUUUAAGGCAGACAGACCAUUCAUCUUUUUCCUGAGAGAAUCCAAUACAGGUACUUCAAUAAUUUCUUUGAUGAGAUUCACCAAUUGCACACAAAUGAUUGGGCUCUCCUAUCUAAACAAGGGCUCACCUGUUUUACUGUUAGAUUUAAUCUGUUGCACAAUGAAAUGA